AUGCCAGGUGGUCUUAAAGUACAGCGCCUCAUAGCGAUGCCUCAGGUACGUGUGCAACAUAACAGAGUCUUCGCUGAGACAGGAGAAACAAAGAAAACAUUUCCUGUCCCCUACACCCUGUCCAUCCUCACGGUCUCCUACACCCUGUCCAUCCUCACGGUCUCCUACACCCUCUCCAUCCUCACUGUCUCCUACAAUCUGUCCAUCCUCACGGUCUCCUACACCCUCUCCAGCCUCACUGUCUCCUACACCCUGUCCAUCCUCACGGUCUACUACACCCUCUCCAGCCUCACUGUCUCCUACAAUCUGUCCAUCCUCACGGUCUCCUACACCCUCUCCAGUCUCACUGUCUCCUACAAUCUGUCCAUCCUCACGGUCUACUACACCCUCUCCAGCCUCACUGUCUUCUACACCCUCUCCAUCCUCACUGUCUCCUACACCCUCUCCAGCCUCACUGUCUCCUACACACUCUCCAGCCUCACUGUCUCCUACACACUCUCCAGCCUCACUGUCUCCUACACCCUCUCCAUCCUCACCGUCUCCGACACCCUCUCCAUCCUCACUGUCUCCUACACCCACUCCAGUCUAACUGUCUCCUACACCCUCUCCAGUCUCACUGUCUCCUACACCCUGUCCAUCCUAACUGUCUCCUACACCCUCUCCAGCCCACUCCUCACUAUCUCCUAUACCCUCUCCAUCCUCACUGUCUCCUACACCCUGUCCAUCCCCACUGUCUCCUACACCCUGUCCAUCCUCACGCCCACUGUCUCCUACACCCUCUCCAGCCUCACUGCCUCCCACACCCUCUCCAUCCUCACGCCCACUGUCUCCUACACCCUCUCCAGCCUCACUGCCUCCCACACCCUCUCCAUCCUCACGGCCUCACUGUCUCCUACACCCUCUCCAGCCUCACUGUCUCCUACACCCUCUCCAGCCUCACUGUCUCCCACACCCUCUCCAGUCUCACUGUCUCCUACACCCUCUCCAUCCUCACUGUCUCCUACACCCUCUCCAUCCUCACUGUCUCCUACACCCUCUCCAUCCUCACUGUCUCCUACACCCUCUCCAGUCUCACUGUCUCCUACACCCUCUCCAUCCUCACUGUCUCCUACACCCUCUCCAUCCUCACUGUCUCCUACACCCUCUCCAUCCUCACUGUCUCCUACACCCUCUCCAUCAUCACUGUCUCCUACACCCUCUUCAUCCUCACUGUCUCCUACACCCUCUCCAUCCUCACUGUCUCCUACACCCUCUCCAUCCUCACUGUCUCCUACACCCUGUCCAUCCUCACCGUCUCCUACACCCUCUCCAUCCUCACUGUCUCCUACACCCUCUCCAUCCUCACUGUCUCCUACACCCUGUCCAUCCUCACCGUCUCCUACACCCUCUCCAUCCUCACUGUCUCCUACACCCUCUCCAGACUCACUGUCUCCUACACCCUCUCCAGACCUACUGUCUCCUAUACCCUCUCCAUCCUCACUGUCUCCUACACCCUCUCCAUCCUCACUGUCUCCUACACCCUCUCCAUCCUCACUGUCUCCUACACCCUGUCCAUCCUCACCGUCUCCUACACCCUCUCCAUCCUCACUGUCUCCUACACCCUCUCCAGACUCACUGUCUCCUACACCCUCUCCAGACCUACUGUCUCCUAUACCCUCUCCAUCCUCACUGUCUCCUACACCCUCUCCAUCCUCACUGUCUCCUACACCCUCUCCAUCCUCACUGUCUCCUACACCCUCUCCAUCCUCACAGUCUCCUACACCCUCUCCAGCCUCACUGUCUCCUACACCUUCUCCAUCCUCACUGUCUCCUACACCCUCUCCAGACCUACUGUCUCCUACACCCUCUCCAUCCUCACUGUCUCCUACACCCUCUCCAUCCUCACUGUCUCCUACACCCUCUCCAGUCUCACAGUCUCCUACACCCUCUCCAGCCUCACUGUCUCCUACACCUUCUCCAUCCUCACUGUCUCCUACACCUUCUCCAGCCCCACUCCUACCUGCAGUCAUGCUAUUCCACACUACUGAUACUCUCUCCUCCAUGUCCUCCCAAUGCCUGGCCCCUCUCCCUGUGACGGGGUGUGGGGGUCUGGGUUCUGACAGUACCUCAGCAGGAGAGCACGGCCCUGAUGGAUGCCACAGAUGGGCCUUUCCCUCGGAGCUCCCAGGCCCGGCGCAGUGUGAGCUUGGCGGGGUCAGAAGCCAGGCCUCCCCAUGA